AUGUCCAGCGUCAGCGACGAAGCGCAGCGAGAGGCACUCCAGGCCGACCUGGCCUACCUCGACGUAUUGCCCCGGGACGGAGAGGGGUCCGUCGGGGACACGGAUGCAGCUUUAAACAGCUUGUUUGCGGCGGAAGACCUGCAGCAGUUUGCGGUCAGUGUAGGCGAAGGGGAGGAUGGAGACGGGGAUAAGCAGGGGCAAGGCGAGGGCGAAGGGCAAGACCUGGAGAUUGAUCCGGUUCUGACGAUAGCGGAGGCGGCUGCUCAGGCCGAUGCUCAGCUUCGGGCGGAGGACGAAGCGAUGGCGGAAGCGGGAGUCGAAGACACCUCUGCCGCAGCUGCGGCCGCGGUCGGGGUCGAGCCCGAAGCGGAGCCCGAAUCGACCGAGCCCCCGCCCAAACGGAGAGCGACCAGCCGAAUCAACAUGCUGGCGCGAGGCGCAGCGUGCGACUACUGCAAGCGCCGCAAGCUCAAGUGUUCGGCGGAACAUCCGAGCUGUGCGGUGUGUAAGCGGCAAGACAGGCCGUGUGUCUAUCUUCAGAAACCGCAAAAGUCGCGGGUCAAGGUAUUGGAGGAUAGGCUGGCGGAGCUGGAGAAGAAGCUCGGGAGCAGCGCUGCGGAGGGUGGGGAGACGGCGCCGGCAUCCCCUCAGCCUCAUGUCCAGGCGCAGGCGGGUCCAUCAGGAUCGACGCACACCCCGAGCUCGUAUCCUGGAACGAUCUACGCUCUCGACCCGGCCACUGGGAGUACGGGCUCAACCUUCAUCUCGCCCCUCGCUCCCCCGCCGGAGGGAGACGAGGGCGAUCCCGAGGGCUUCACCUACUCGGACGGACUCGAUAUCGGCUUUAACCUCGACAUGCUCACGGGCAAAGACGAAGAGCCGGACCUCAUGACCCUCGCGGACGCGGCGACGCAUGACCGAAUCGAGGCGGGUGGAAAGUACCCAUGGGUCGGGAUGGGCGCUGAGCAGAUCGCAAGAGAGAUCCUGGCUGCUGUGGGCGGAAGCAAAGGUGUUGGCGAGAAGAUCGUCUUGUUCCUACUCCAAGCGUACAUCAGCCCCCGUAACCCGCAAACCAGCCUCGCGAUCCUCGACCCAUCCACUAUCCUCUCCCGCCUCAACCCUCGCUCUUCAUCACCCCUCCACCCCGCUCUCAUCCUAUCCAUCAUCAUCCUCGUCCUCCCUCUCCUUCCCAGUUCCGCCCUUCCCCCUUCUGCCCCUACCGCCAUUGCUACAGCCCUCCUCAGUCCCGCACGCACCUACUCCGCCCAAGCCUACUCCACCGGCGACCACCGCCUCCUCGACGUUGUCGCUGCGCAAGCGAUCCGCGCGAUUGCAUUCUUCCAGGAAGGUCGGUUCCUGGAUGGAUGGGCGGAGACGAGUGGGUCGGCCGCUCUGGCGUGGGCGUGUGGACUGGGCAAGCUGGGAGGGGUGGGACAGAGGUUUCUGGACCCUGAAGAAAGGGGAGAGGGGUGGGAGGAGAGAUGCAAGCGGGAAGAAAAGCUCAGGGAGUGGAGGUAUAAGGGGGUGGUGGUCCAGCCGCCGAAGGAUAGAAAGGAGUAUGCGGAGAGGGUCAGGCUGUUUUGGGCGAUCUAUAUGCUCGAUCGGGGUGCCGCUGUUGGGUGGGGAUGGCCAUCAUCCUUCAACGAUGAUGAGAUUACCACACCCUUCCCACUUGAGUCGUAUGAUACCUCUGAGAGCCUUCGGAACAUGUCCACGCUCAAAGACUUCCUCAGCUCCGAUGUCCAGUCAGGGCAGGAUGACUCGGUGUUCUGCACCCAGCUCAAGGCGUUCACGCUCCUGUACAAGGCAACCAGGCUGUUCGAUAACGACUCGGCCACUCCCGAAGAGACUCGCAAUAUCUUGUCCAUAGCGCAGCAGUACAGCUCGUCCAUGACCCCCGUCUCCCGUCAGGGCAGUGGGGAGUGGGGGAUCAAGCAGGGGCCUGUCAAUGCCAAUUGGAUGACACUGCACGCGGUCAUGUUGCUCAUUCACGGCAAAGAAGCGGUCGACGCGUCUUGCGCCGACGACACUGCGGCUGAAGUUCAUGCGCUACAGAGCUGUAUAGCGGCGAGUCGGAAGGUCGUGGACUGUGUGGAGCUCGCAAGGGACAUGGGGGACUUUGCGUUCGAAGGCUACGAUCUCACUUGUGCGACAGUAUGGUCCAUCGUCGGUCGAUCGGCCUAUAAACUCGAAAUGCGACUUAGGGUUGAACAUGCCCUGAGAGAAAAGAUGGGGAUGGGGUCGAUGGAGGAGAGUAGGGAGGUGGGUGAUAAGUUGUUGGAAGCGCUUAGGGUCAUGGGGAAGAGGAUACCUUAUGCGGCAACUUGUGCGCAGAUCUUGGAGAAUAUCAGUUUGGGCGUCGAAGGUAAAGUUGGGGAAUGGGUCAGGCCGGAUUGGACCCGACCUUGA